GGGGCGCCCGGCGGCCAUCACUCGAGUGGCGGGCCCUCCGCCCCGCCCGCCCCCUAGGCUGCCGCGGGCCGGUGUCGGCGCGCCGCGGCACGCCCCUUUUCGCCGGCGCGACGCGUGCGUGGUAGGAGAGGGAGUUCUUCCAUCUUCAUUGUCAAAAGAAAAGAGAGCUUCUUGGAACCUCUGCUUAUCUUCUCAAUGGAAUGAGAUGAACAAAGAAGGUAUAAACUAAACCAUUUGUUCCAGCUGCUCCCCUGGAGGACUGUGCCUGGUAACUGUCCCUCCCUGCCUGAGGACCUAUCUCAGGGUUUGUUUCCCCCCUGCACUCCUCCAGCAUUCGUACCUACUCUUCAAGAAAUAAUGGAAUUUCUCCAGUGAUGACUCAGAAUGAAAGUGUUGGUGUUCAGCAACCCUGUGUAAAUUUCUCAGCCCUCUACAAGGGAAUACCAAAAGACCCUGAAGAUUAACAUUUAUCAUGCUGAGAUUCGGGCAGCACCUCAUCAAGCCCUCCAUGGUCUUCCUGAAGACUGAGCUUUCCUUUGCUCUCGUCAACCGGAAGCCGGUGGUCCCAGGACGUAUCCUUUCAUGCAGCGCCUUGACAAUGGGCACCCACGCUCUUGGGAGAAGCAGGAGGAGCUCUGUGCGCUUCAAAGGCCAGAUUUGCAUUUGUGCCUUGACAAUACCACCUUCAGAUGUCCUUGUUUGUCCUCUGCGGCCAGUGGAGCGUUUCCGUGACUUGUGUCCUGAGGAAGUGGCCGAUUUAUUUCGUACAGCGCAGAGGGUUGGCAAUGUGGUGGAGAAACAUUUCUGCGGCACCUCGCUCACCAUUUCAAUUCAGGAUGGUCCUGAAGCUGGACAAACGGUGAAGCAUGUUCAUGUCCAUGUUCUUCCAAGGAGGGCCGGAGACUUCAGCAGGAAUGAUGAUGUCUAUGAGGAGUUGCAACGACAUGACAAGGAGGAUUCCUCUGACAAGUGGAGGACAGAAGAAGAAAUGGCAGCUGAAGCAGAAAUUCUCAAGAAGUAUUUUGGGGAAAAUUAAAGGUAACAAAGUGUUUGAAAAACAUCCCGUGACAUAAGAAACUCCCCAGAAAGAAAGACUUCAUUCUCCAGUUCUCAGUGGCCCUGGAGCUGCAGCUGAACAAUUUUGUUAUGUUCUGCAAAUAUGGGAUUCUUCCAUGAAAAAUUUUAUUGGACCUUUGGAUAUCAUCAAGGUUCAAUUUCAGCUAAGACAACUAUCAGCACCAGUUCAAAAUGUUGCUCUGACUAGUAACUCAUAUUUUUCUGAAUUGUGUAUUUGGGAACAAAUCUUUUUAAACUGUCCCUUGGCUUAAAUUGAAAUAAAGUGCUGGCAAAAUGGGGUA